GACAAGGAGGAUUUUCAUCUUGUUUGAGGUUGAGCUUGUGUGUUUAAGGAGCUGUAUUUUAACCUCUUGGAUUAAAUAUAUAUAUUUUUUGGAUAUUUUUGUUUGGAUUGUUGUUGUUGUUGUUUUUGUGUACCGAAUGCGAGCAUCUGUGCGUAACUGGAGAAGUUUUGGACAUGGCGCGUCUCCGUCUCCGCUCCCUGCUGCUGGCUCUCCCUCUCCUCCUGCCGCUGGUCGCGUCCUCCGGAGUCUUCGAGCUGAAGGUCCACUCCUUCAGCACCACACGCCGCUUCUGCCGGAGAACUCGCGACUGCAACAUCUUCUUCCGCAUCUGCCUCAAGCACUCGGAGGACGUGAUCUCCGCAGAGCCGCCGUGCACCUUCGGCACGGGCCAGACCGGAGUGAUGCGCGCGGAACCGGGAGCCAUCUCCAACAGCGCCGCCAUCAGGGUGCCGUUCCACUUCAAGUGGCCCGGAACCUUUUCUCUGGUUAUUGAAGCCUGGAACGCCGAGUCACCCAAAGAGCACGCUGACCACACAGAGAACCAGAACAACCUGAUCAGCCGUUUAGCGACACGGCGGCGUUUAGCCAUCGGUGAGGACUGGUCUCAGGACGUUCACUUCGGUGAGCAGAGCGAGCUUCGCUACUCGUACCACGUGUUCUGUGACGAGUUCUACUACGGAGACGCGUGUUCAGAUUACUGCAGGCCGCGCGACGAUACACUUGGACGCUACACGUGCGACGAGAGCGGCAACAAACAGUGUCUGGACGGAUGGCAGGGGGAAUACUGUUCUGAUCCCAUCUGCUCGGCGGACUGCAGCGAUCGUCACGGUUACUGCGAGGCCCCUGGUGAGUGCAAGUGUCGCCUGGGGUGGCAGGGUCCGUCUUGCAGCGAGUGUGUGCGUCACCCCGGCUGUUUGCACGGCACCUGUACGCAGCCUUGGCAGUGUGUGUGUAAGGAGGGAUGGGGAGGGCUCUUCUGCAACCAGGACCUGAACUACUGCACCAACCACCGGCCUUGCUCUAAUGGAGCCACCUGCACCAACACGGGCCAGGGCAGCUACACCUGCACCUGCAGGCCGGGGUACGGAGGCACCGACUGCGAGCUCGAGAUCAACGAGUGCGACUGCAACCCCUGUAAGAACGGAGGCAGCUGCAAUGAUCUGGAGAACGAUUACUUGUGCACAUGUCCUCAGGGUUUUUAUGGAAAAAACUGUGAAAUCAUAGCCAUGACGUGUGCAGAUGAUCCGUGCUUUAACGGAGGAACGUGUGAAGAACGGAUCACCGGAGGAUACGUGUGCCGCUGCCCCCCGGCCUACACUGGCUCCAACUGCGAGAAGAAACUGGACCGCUGCAGUCACAAACCUUGUGCAAACGGUGGCGAGUGUGUGGAUGUGGGCUCGGGGGUGCUGUGCCGGUGUCGCCCAGGAUUUGCCGGGCCGCGCUGCGCCGUUAACGUGGAUGACUGCGCACGCUUUCCAUGUCAGAACUCGGGCACGUGUGUUGACGGUGUAAACGACUAUACGUGCUCGUGCACACUUGGAUUCACGGGGAAGAACUGCAGCGUGCGCGCCGAUGCCUGCCUUUCACACGCCUGCCUGAAUGGCGGCACCUGCUACACACACUUCUCAGGCCCCGUGUGCCAGUGUGUGCCAGGAUUCAUGGGUCCCGGCUGUGAGUUCCCUGUUCUGGAUAGGACCGGUCUGGAGCGGGCAGCAUCGCGGAGCUCGCGAGGCUCCUCCCCUUCCACGGUGGCGGCGCUGUGCGUGCUGGGAGUGCUGGCCGCCUGCCUGGGGGUGUGCGUGGCUGUGGUGUUCUUAAGGCGCAGGAGGCAGCGCCUCCGCAGACAGCAGCUCUGCGACUCCGUCUUCAAUGACCUCGAGACGGUCAACAAUCUUGACCGACAACACUAUCCGUACGAACGCGAGUUCCUGUCCAGAGCUGUCAGUCAGGUGAAGCCGAGCAACACCGAGGCCAGGCUCAGCUGCUCGUUGGCUCCUGGGCACACACUUCCUGCGGGCCGGGACUUCUUGUGGAGCGCCGGAGGAGCGGGAAUGAGAUAAUAUGCGCACCUAAAAAAUAUACACACACAGGCACAUUGGUUCAGGGGAUAAGUUUCAAACACACACACACACACACACACGCACAAACUAGGUAAAGAUUGAAAAUGAUAAGCACUUCUUUUUCAGAUUUUCUUUUUUUACGAAACGAGGGAAUUGAUGAUGUUCAUGAUAAUGAUGAUGAUGACAGGAAAAAAAAAGUGUUGUUCAGCACCUUUUCUGUUGGACCGAUGGAGUUUAGGCUCCAAAAACCAAAACCAAGAACAACGAUAUUGUACAGAAUACAACACAAACAGUGAUUGUUAUUAGUGAUUCACAACAUGAAACUGUAGAAGUUACUUAAAGAAAUAUAUCACAAAAUACCUCCAGGAAAGAAAAAAACACAUGACUUCUGGUUUGGGACGUUAUGGUACCAUAACGGGUUCUAGAAAACUGAGGUCAGUCUUUCAGGGUUCAAAGAACGAGUCGAAUGUCAUUCCUGCUGUUAAUUAAUUAAUUACGGUGAAUGUUCUUUACACUUUUUUUUACCUUUUUUUUAUCUAUAAUAUUAAUAUUCAUGUGAACAGUGAGAUGUCUGGUUUAGCUAGAUAACUUAAUUUAUUUUUCUUGUUCAAGUUAUCCAGCUAAAUGUAAAUUCUUGCUUUUUAUUAUCACUAUUUUUUUAACAUAAAACUCAUGAUCUCGAACUGAGAAAGUUCUAAGUCUGCAUUUCCGCCGACGUUCGAUUGUAGCAAAGUCCCAAAUAACAGAAAGUUCUCUCAGACUCCUCCUCGCAUCCUGUACGGGUGGUUGAUGUACUUUUAUGAUCUACGGGAAUGGAGUGUAUAAGAUCUGUACGUUCUGUUACAAAGUCAGAAAUAUAUUUAUAAAUAUUUUCCUAAACCAAAACGGGGAUAUUGUUAGCCCAGCGUUGUAUUGCUAUGUAGCAGCGAACUCUUUUGCCCACUUGUAUGUGGGACGUUGAUUCAUUGUUUAUUUUUUUUUUUUAUAAGUAAAAUAUCUUGAAUGUCAUGUUUCUGACUUGUAGAAAUUGAUUUCUGUGGCCAUUUCACUUUUUGUAACUUUAAUCCUGAGUUAUUGCCUGCUUUAAGUUGCAUUUUUGUACUUUUUAUUUCAAUCAUUGUUCUUGUAAAAGAAUUUAUGUUAAUUUAUUUUGUAUGUCUAUUUGUU